AUGCUGAAGUCACUCUUCUUCUUUUCAGAUGCAGACCGUUGCACCAAGUGCCCAGAAGAUAAGCAUCCCAACAAGAACCACACUCAGUGCAUUCCCAAGCAUAUUACUUCUCUGUCUUAUGAGGAGCCUUUGGGGAUUGUCCUCAUUUUCUUGGUCCUGUUCUUGUCCAUAGUCACACUUCUAAUUGUAGGAAUCUUCAUUAAAUACAUGGAUACUCCCAUAGUCAAAGCUAAUAACCGAGACCUCACCUACAUUCUCCUUGUCUCCCUCCUGCUGUCUUUUCUGUCCUCCUUUCUUUUUAUUGGUCAGCCAAGGAAAGUCACCUGCCUUCUGCGACAAACCGCCUUCAGUACCAUCUUCUCAGUUGCUGUCUCUUCCGUCUUGGCCAAAACGACCACGGUGGUGGUGGCCUUCAUGGCCACCAAGCCAGGGAGCAGGAUGAGGAAAUGGCUGGGAAAGAGGCUGGCCAACUCCGUCGUCAUUUCCUGUUCUGCUGUCCAAUUUGGCAUCUGCAUCGUCUGGCUGGGAAUCUCCCCUCCCUUCCCAGAGUCUGACCUGCACUCCCAGGCUGAACAGAUCACACUGCAAUGCAAUGAAGGGUCUGUCGCCAUGUUUUAUAUUGCCCUGGACUACAUGGGCUUCCUGGCAGCCAUUUCGUUCACGGUGGCUUUCCUGGCCAGGAAGCUGCCUGGGUCCUUCAAUGAAGCCAAGCUGAUCACCUUCAGCAUGCUGGUUUUUUGCAGCGUUUGGGUGUCCUUUGUGCCCACCUACCUGAGCACCAAGGGGAAGUAUAUGGUAGCUGUGCAGGUUUUCUCCAUCUUGGCCUCCAGUGCUGGCUUGCUGGGUUGCAUCUUCCUUCCGAAAUGCUACAUUAUUAUAGUGAGGCCUGACUUGAAUACCAAGGAGCAUCUAAUAGAAAAAAGUAAAUCUGAUUCUUAG